CGAACUCUCCUGGAAACACGCCCCUGGCCGUUUUCCCGCUGCCUUUAGCGCGAACCGCGGGUGCGGUGCCUCGCGUGGAAACAGCAAAUUCCCUGUCACGCUUGCUGCGAACGCGGCGUGUUCCCGAAACUCGGCGGCUUCCCGUAAACCCCGCUCCUUCCUCAUCGGGGGGUGGGUCCGGCGCGGGUCCGCCGCCUCCUCCCCGGCCCCUCCCUCCCGUCUGUUUCAUUUUCCUGGGGCUCCGGGGCCCGGAGAAGCUGCAUCCCGGAGGAGCGCGUCCCGCAGCGGACCCGGAAGUGUCCCGAGAGCCAGUGACAAGGACCAGGGGCCCCUGAGGCUGCUGAAGUCCCGCCAGCCAUGCAGACCUGGCCCCUGGUGUUCCCCGGCCCCGUUUCCUGGCCCUUUGGGGCCCUCCUGCUCCUGGCUGCCUCCUUGAGUGCUCAGAAUGAAGGUUGGGACAGCCCCAUCUGCACAGAGGGGGUGGUCUCUGUGUCUCGGGGUGAGAACACCGUCAUGUCCUGCAACAUAUCCAACGCCUUCUCCCAUGUCAUCAUCAAGCUGCGUGCCCAGGGGCAGGAGAGCACCAUCUUCAAUGAGGUGGCCCCAGGCUACUUCUCCCGGGAUGGCUGGCAGCUCCAAGUUCAGGGAGGCGUGGCCCAGCUGGUGAUCAAAGGCACCCGGGACUCCCACGCUGGGCUGUACACCUGGCACCUCGUGGGACGCCAGAGAAAUAACAGACAAGUCACGCUGGAGGUUUCAGGUGCAGAACCCCAGUCCACCCCCGACGCUGGGUCCUGGCCUGUGCCUGUGGUGGUCACUGCUGUCUUCAUCCUCUUGGUUCUUACGGUCAUGUUCGCCUGGUACAGGUGCCGCUGUUCCCAGCAACGCCGGGAGAUGAAGGUCUUCCUAGAACCCCUCCUCAGAGUGGGAGUACAGCAGGGCCUGAGCAGAGCCUCCCCUGGCCUGUGGACACCAGACCCCAAGCCUACUCCGAGGCCGCCGGCACUGGCGGUCAAACCCUCAGCACUUGGAGCCCUGGAGCUGCUGUCCCCCCAACCCUUGUUUCCAGAUGCCAUAGACCCAUAACCACCUAUAAGGCAGAGAGGACACCGGCGAGCCGGCCCUGAGUGCGGACCUUGGGUGGCAGGGCCUGGGUCUCUAGUCCCACCCGGAGGGCACAGACACCGGCUUGCUGGUGGCAGGCUGGGCCUCUGUGUCACCCACUCCAGGGCGGGUGCAGACCCUUCCCCUCCACCCCCCUGGUCUUCCAAGCUCUGUUUCCUCAGUUUCCAAAAUGGGAACACCUCACCUCCGCAGCACGAGACCUACCAGGACCCAUGCCCCUCCCUCCGCCCUCAUCAAACCCAGAGACCCGGGCUCCCUUUCUGCCACCCCAGCCUGAGUCCAGCCUCCAUGCCCAAGUGAGGGGGCCGCUGCCGGAACCUCAGACACACUCCAGUUCAGGGCUGUAGGAGGCCUUGGCUGCAUAUGCCUAUGACCAAUGGCCCGCUUUGGGGGCCCCUCCGCGGGAACCCCAGGGGCCAAGGUGGGGUGCGGGGGUUAGAGGCUGGGAUGGCUCCUGGCCCCACCGCCAGGGGGCAGCGCAGGCCGGGCCGAGAGGAGGCGGUGGCGGCUUGGCCUGGGAGUCAGGCGGACGCUGCCCUCCGGGGCUGGACGUGCAUCCCUCAGUCUCUUGGCCGCCCGGGAGUCGCUCCCUCGUGCCCACCCCACCUGCCAGGCCUCCUUGGACCCACAUCUGUUCCUGCUUUUGUCUUCGUCACUGGGGCAGAGCCCUUUGACGUCUUGAUAUGUAUCGGAUGAAAAAAAUAACUUUGGGAAUCCCCCUUCAGUUCUUUGAAAAGGUUCCAUGACUUGAAUCUCUGAAAUGAAGAAAACAACCGACUCACAAACCUGCAAGUAGCUGGGAAAUGCAAUUUUUAAAAUGAAAAACAAAAAUCUGAAA